GUUGGUUUAACCAUUGGAGUUCUAACAGGUACAGGCUCCCACUCGGAGCUUGUGCAGGCUGAUCAUAUUGUGACUAGUGUCAGUGAAAUUCUCCAGCACCUCAGAGAAGAAGAGAAAGAACGGGAUGGUCAGAAGGUGGAUAGUAUCAACUACAGUUCUUCUGCAUCAUCAUCAUCAUCUCCAUUGAAUACACGCCACUUCUCUACUUUGUCUCAGCCAAAGUGGCACCAGUUAAGUUGUCGUCGCCAUUACAGCACAGACGGGCCUUAUCCGCCCUUGCUGAAGUGCAAAUAUGAUUAUAUUAUUGUUGGUGCUGGAUCAGCAGGCUGUGUGCUGGCAAAUCGGUUAACCGAAGAUGGAAAAUCCAGUGUGCUUUUAAUCGAAGCAGGUCCAGAGAAUAACUCUUGGAAGAUCCGCAUGCCAGCAGCUUUGAUGUACAACCUGUGUGAUGACAAGUAUAACUGGUACUACCACACAGAACCAGAGCCUGGUAUGAACAAUCGAAUUAUGUAUCAGCCCAGAGGAAGAGUCUGGGGUGGAAGUUCCUCCCUGAAUGCUAUGGUGUAUGUACGAGGUCACGCUUAUGAUUAUGAUCGGUGGGAAAAAGAAGGAGCAUCCGGUUGGUCAUAUGCAAGUUGCCUUCCCUAUUUCAGGAAAUCCCAGACCCAUGAGUUAGGUCCUAAUGAAUACAGAGGAGGGGAUGGGCCAUUAAAAGUCUCAAGAGGUAAAACUGACCACCCCCUCCAUCAUGCAUUCAUAGAAGCUGGCAUUCAGGCAGGCUACCCUUUUACAGAUGAUAUGAAUGGCUACCAGCAAGAGGGUUUUGGCUGGAUGGACAUGACCAUCCACAAUGGGCAGAGAUGGAGUGCUGCUGAUGCUUACUUGUUACCUGCAACAGCAAGGGUCAAUUUGGACACCAUCACCAGGGCCUUGGUUCUUCGUAUUUUGUUUUCAGGACACAGAGCAGUGGGUCUAGAGUUUGAACACACAGGGAUGUGCCAGAAAGUUGAGGCUGAGAAAGAAGUUAUUCUUUGUGGAGGUGCUAUAAAUUCUCCUCAGUUGCUGCAGUUAUCAGGUGUUGGAGAUGCUGACCAUUUGAAAUCUGUGGAUAUUCCUGUGAUUCAUCAUCUACCAGGGGUAGGUAGAAAUCUGCAAGAUCAUCUGGAGAUCUAUGUCCAACAGGAAUGUAAAAAACCAAUCACUUUGUAUUCAGCUCAGUGGAAAUACCCACACAAUAUGAUUCGCAUUGGCUUAGAAUGGUUUCUUCAUCAAACAGGAUAUGGGGCUACAGCACAUCUAGAAUCUGGUGCAUUUAUCCGAAGCAGAGGAGGAGUACUCCAUCCAGACAUACAGUACCACUUCUUGCCUUCCACAGUGAAUGAUCAUGGCCGUAAAAUGGGUCCAUGCCAUGCUUACCAGGUCCACGUGGGUCCGAUGAGGCCACAGUCUAGAGGCUCUGUCAUGGUAAAAUCCAAAGAUCCCCAUGAACACCCCAAGAUUAAAUUUAACUACAUGACCAUAGCCGAAGAUGCACAAGAAUUUCGGGAUGGAAUUAAACUUACUCGUGAGAUUUUUGCCCAGAAAGCUUUUGAUGAAUAUCGAGGUGAAGAACUUGCUCCAGGUAAAGACGUCUUGAAUGAUGAACAAAUUGACGCCUUUUCUCGCCAGAUGGCAGACAGCGCUUAUCACCCCUCAUGUUCAUGCAAAAUGGGCUCCCCAAAUGAUCCAUUAGCUGUGGUUGAUCCCAGCUGUCGCGUGAUUGGUCUGGAAGGUUUACGGGUUGUUGAUGCUUCAAUUAUGCCUUCAGUGGUCAGUGGUAAUUUAAAUGGACCCACUAUUAUGGUUGCAGAGAAAGCUGCUGACAUUAUCAGAGGAAGGGAACCAUUGCCUAAAUCUAAUGCCCCAGUCUGGCGGCCAGCUGACCCUAACAAGCAACGAUAA